CUGCUUUUGUUCACCUCGCUUUCGCUCAUUCUAGACGUUGUUGCUCGAAGAUCUAGGCUCUGCUGGGCUCCGGGCACUCAGAGCAGUUUCUUGCUUCUUCCACAGCCGCCUGACGACCGGCGAGAUCCCAAGUCGGCUUCACACGGGCCUGUCCAAAAUGAAGACCACUUCAACGGAAUCGAGUCGCGACGCUUCCCAGCCGUCUUCCCAGGUUCUUUCCUUAGUAUCCUCAUUUCUGGCUGAACAUGGGUUUCACUCGACUAUCAAGACUCUCAGGAAAGAGCUCAAGCGAAUGAACCAAUCGGUGGAGGUUCUUACCCUCGGGGAUUCGCAAGAUGGCGUCAAUCUACAGGAGAUUGUAGAGAACUGGAACAAAAAAGAGGCAUUAGGAUCUACACAGUCUUCUUCAGACGAAAACACAUCGGAUCCCAGCGGGAGUGCGACGUCGGAGUCAGAUUCAGAGUCCAGCAGUGCUAGCAGCGGUGAGGAGAAUGACGGGAGCGUGAGCAGCGAGGACACAUCCGCAGCAGUGUCCGAAUCCGAGUCAGGGACCGAUGAAGAGAAAGUGAACACAAAGUUGUCCUCAAAAUUGAAGAGGGUCAAAGCCAACAAGAGAGAUUCGUCCCCGUCAAGCUCUUCAUCGGCGUCCUCCGACAGCGACGCCGACGAUGAGCGAGAGAUUGGUGCCAAAGCAAAGGCUAAGGUUUCACGGAAGAAGUCACCAAGCGCCUCGAAAAUAGCCGAAAAUGCCCGUAUCCUCAAGCGCAAGGCACGAUCUAGCUCACCAGAAUCGUCUUCUUCAGAUUCGGACUCGGACUCGUCAGAUGAUGAUCGACCGGCAAAACGAGCAAAGAUUGGUAGCAAAGAGGACACCGAUAAGACCUCCUCGAGUGAAAUAUCUUCUUCGAGCUCUGACGACGAAACAGGCGACGCCAAGGAUUCAUCCAGUGAAGCAGAGGAAGUGGAGGACGAAGGAAUGAGCACAGAUGCGUCUAAGGAUCCAGCAAGAUCGGCCGAUGCGGCCGAUGCUCUAUCUGAUUCAUCCUCAGGAACAGUCACAGGAGACGUCGUUGAGCCAGACGAGUCAUCUACAAGACAACCCGAAACAAUUAUGAACAAAGGAAAGAAGCAACCAGUGGCCACCAAAAAGGAGCAUGUGGGUGCGAGACCGACUCCGCUGGCGCAACUAUCAGCCCAGGCAACGGCGGACUCUCACAUCAGCAACGCCUACCAAAGCUAUGACUACGCCGACCGGGCAUACAAGGACCUGUCUGUGACUCGAGGAAAAGGAUUCACCAAGGAGAAGAACAAGAAGAAGCGGGGCAGUUAUCGCGGAGGAGCCAUUGACAUUAGCGGCGGCAAGGGCUUCAAGUUCGAUGACUGAAGGAAUGGAGUAAAGGGCACAGCUUUGGAGCGUACAUGAAAUAUUCUUGGGCCAAAAGCAUGGAGUUUGGAGGUUGCUCAUAUCAUGGAUAGUGAGACAGAUGACCAAAAAGAGGGGCUAAUGAUAGAUCAAAGAAAAAUGCAAUGCAUCAACACGGAGCUAUGCAGUGGGCAGUGAUGAGAGGACGACGACAGCUGGAGUGACGGGCUGCCCGAGCUGGUACAUCCAGGAGGUGCUUUGCAGAAUGAUAGUGGUCGGUUACAAAACAUCCAGAUUCCGAGGUUGAUGCUAGACUUGAAACGGCUCAAAACUCGGACUCUGUUCCUCCCAGGACGCCAUAGUGUGUAGCUGUGGAAGGUUAUGCAGGAGUGUGGAGUGGUGGAAAAGACACAGUGGCCAUCGCAAGU